ACGGUGGGCUGAUCCAGCGAGUCUCUUCCGGUGGAUACGUGGCUCUCCGCUGCCGCUGCCAUAUUGACGCUAACUAGCUAACGCUUCACCUUACUCGAAGUCAGCUGUAUUCGCAACCUGGCAUUCCAGAGUGACGAUAAAUCUCCCCCAAACCACAUACACCACGGACUGAAGAGAGUUCACACAUAAAGGGAAACCAAACAUGGUGCUGUUGGCAGCGGCGGUGUGCACCAAGGCCGGGAAGGCCAUCGUGUCGCGGCAGUUUGUGGAAAUGACCCGGACGCGGAUCGAAGGCCUGCUGGCCGCGUUCCCCAAGCUGAUGAACACGGGCAAGCAGCACACCUUCGUGGAAACAGACAGCGUGCGCUACGUGUACCAGCCGCUGGAGAAGCUCUACAUGGUCCUCAUCACCACCAAGAACAGCAACAUUCUGGAGGACCUGGAGACACUCAGACUGUUCUCCCGCGUGAUCCCAGAGUACUGUCGUGUGCUGGAGGAGAGUGAAAUCUCGGAGCACUGCUUCGACCUCAUCUUUGCCUUCGACGAGAUCGUGGCGCUUGGCUACAGAGAAAACGUCAACCUGGCUCAGAUCCGUACCUUCACAGAGAUGGACUCCCAUGAGGAGAAGGUGUUCCGGGCCGUCAGAGAGACUCAGGAACGCGAGGCUAAAGCGGAGAUGAGGAGGAAAGCGAAGGAGCUGCAGCAGGCCAGGAGAGAUGCCGAGCGCUCUGGGAAGAAGGUUCCGGCGUUCGGCGGGUUCGGUAAUGUGAGCAGCAUGUCCUCAGGGUCCCUCAUCACAGACACCAUAGUGGAACCUGAGAAACCCAAGAUCACACCAGCUCCAGUCCGAUCAAGCGGCCCGAGCAAGGCUCUGAAGCUAGGCGCUAAAGGGAAAGAAGUGGAUAACUUUGUUGACCAGCUUAAGUCUGAGGGUGAAACCAUCAUUUCGUCCUCAGGAAAGAGAGGCUCAGACGUGUCCAAGGUUCUGCCACCGCCAGUCAAUGUGGAGAGCGUACAUCUGCGCGUGGAGGAGAAGAUCUCGCUGAGCUGCGGCCGUGAUGGCGGCCUGCAGAACAUGGAGGUGCUGGGUAUGGUGACACUCCGGGUCACGGACGAGAAAAACGGCCGCAUCCGCCUCGCCAUCAACAACAACGACAACAAGGGGCUGCAGCUUCAGACGCAUCCUAACGUAGACAAGAAGUUAUUCACAGCUGAAUCAGUAAUUGGCCUAAAGAACCCAGAGAAGUCCUUCCCUCUCAAUAACGACGUUGGYGUUCUGAAAUGGAGACUGCAGACCACAGACGAGUCCCUCAUACCUCUAACCAUAAACUGCUGGCCUUCAGAGAGCGGCUCCAGCUGCGACGUCAACAUCGAGUACGAGCUGCAGGAGGAGAACCUGGAACUGAACGACGUCGUCAUCAGCAUCCCUGUUCCGUCCGGGGCRGGCGCUCCUGUGAUCGGAGAUCUGGACGGAGAGUACAAACACGACAGCCGGCGGAACGUCCUGGAGUGGUGCCUACCAGUCAUCGAGGCCAACAACAAAACCGGCAGCCUGGAGUUCAGCAUCGCCGGGCAGCCCAAUGAUUUCUUUCCCAUCAAUGUGUCCUUCGUGUCCAAGCGCAACUACUGUGACAUUCAGGUUACCAAAGUGUCUCAUGUAGAUGGCGACAGCUCCGUCAGAUUCUCUUCAGAAACCUCCUUUGUUGUUGACAAAUAUGUAAUUGAGUAAAAAUACUGGAAGAAAAUGGCAAAAUGAGAAAAAAAAUCACCAUUUAAAAAAAAAAGUCCAAAUCUAUGCUACAGAGAAAGAUCGACGAUUUCCAACCUGCUGCCUCUGUAUAUCAUCAGACUGUACACAGACAGGACGCCCGCCAGCGCCGUGGCAACGGCACCUCCUGUAGGGAAGAGCAGCAGCAGCAGCGGUGGUGUAUUUAUGUUUGUAUGACAGAGGAUCAUCUAUAUAUAGAGUUAAUUGAACAGGAAUAAAACCAACACACAACUUCUCCUUCCACUAAUGCUGUGGUGCAUAACUGUACAGAGGGUGAGUAGAGGAUGACUGGGGAUGAAGGAGAGGCUAGCUGUGUCAGUAAGUGCAGGUGGAGGAACAACAGGACCCUAGCGCUGCUAGCUUAGCUCCGCCCCCUCCCCUAUCAUUAUGCGUCCUCCACAGACGUUUCUCUCUCUCACACUGCAGUGAUUAUGGAAUGGGUGCUUUCUUCUCUCCCCUUACUGUAGCUGUCUCUUUCUCAUGUGUAAUUGUUAAGCUCUUGUGAUUUUCUGUUUUCAUAUCUCAGAUUUUCAGUUUCCUGGAGAACGUAAACAAAAGCUCGUCUUUUUGUUUCUGCUCUUCUUUUCUACUGUUGCUCAUUCUGACCACUACUCAGCUCUGAAUUUGGCAGGACGUUGUAAGGAAUUCUCAACAACACACCUAUCAGUAAAAUCAUUAAACUGGUUUUGGAACACCAUUAAACCACUCCUCACCUCGUCUAGAAGGGACGCCAUAUUUAAUUGUGCUCCAUUUGAGUUCAGAGAUGAACCCUGAGAUUUCACACUUCAAGGGUUUAAAUCAGAUUCAGCCAUUAUUUUCCCCACCUUACAUUUGCCAUCAGCGGGGGGCUUACUGCACCUCCCGCCCCACUGUAGGCUGYAACGCUCAUCCACCCAGUCAUCCUUUACUUACAUCGUCAAAGAGUGUAAACAUUAUACAUGAAGUAAAAUUUGUCUUUUAUGUUUUUUUUUCUUUUACUUAUACCCCCUCCUUCCCCCCCUAUCAAUUUCAAUUUAGCAAURGUUGUGUGGAUGUGGGGUCAACAAUGACUAGAAACAACUUUUCUUUUUCUUUUUUUAACAAAAUUGCAUAAGGGGAAUCCUGACAUUCCAGUGUAAAACUAGAAAAAAAGAUACUUUAAUGGAAUAAAAUGUAUUAAAACUGUAAGGUGGA